UUGCAGUCCUGAAUCUUAUCAGGCUGUGCAGCUAAGCUUGGGAUUGUGGUUUGACUCUGACCCGCUGCCACUAUGAGCUGUGGCACCAAAUCCUCAUCUAGUAUCACUAGAAUGAGCAGCGGAGGCGGUGGUGGCGGUGGUUGCGGCAGUGGUGGAGGUGGUGGCGGUGGCGGAGGGGGCAGCAGCUGCGGAGUCCGUAAAUCUGGUGGAUACUCCUCGGUGUCCACUAGAAGAUACACCUCGUCUGGAGGAAGCGGAGGCUUUUCUGGGAGAAGCUUUGGUGGAGGAGCUUCCAGGAGCAGCUAUGGAGGCGGCUUUAGCAGCGGCAGCUGCGGAAGGAUUAGCCAUGGGAGCUACGGGAGAAUGGGUGGUGGGAGUUAUGGAGGAGGAAUGAGCUGUGGAAGCAUGGGAGGAGGAUUUGGAUCAGGCGGAGGUGGUUUUGGGGGAAUGGGAGGUGGUUAUGGAGCCGGCCUCGGCGGAGGGAGCUUUGGCGGUGGUGGAUAUAGCGGAGGUGGGUUUAGUGGAUUUGGGGGUAGUGGUGGCUUUGGGGGUAGUGGUGGUUUUGGUGGAGGUAGUUUUGGUGGAGUAGGGUUUGGUGAAGAGGGCGGUUUGCUCUCCACAAAUGAGAAGUUGACCAUGCAGAACCUCAACGAUCGCCUGGCUUCUUACAUGGAUAAAGUGCGACACUUGGAGGAGGAAAAUACUCAACUUGAACACUUGAUCAGGGAGUGGUACAAAAAUCAAGGUCCCAGUGGCACCAGGGACUACAGCCACUACUACAAAACAAUUGAUGAACUGCAAAACCAGAUUGUGGGUGCAAACGUGGACCUCAACAAGAUCCUUCUUGACAUUGACAACACCAGAAUGACAGUGGAUGAUUUCCGACUGAAGUAUGAAACUGAAUACACUCUGCACCAGAGCGUGGCAAGUGACAUUAAUGGAUUACGUCCCCUCUUGGAUCAACUGACUCUGGCCAGAUCUGACUUGGAGACACAGUUUGAGUCCCUAAAAGAGGAGCUGAUCUAUCUUAAGAAGAACCAUGAAGAGGAAAUGAAAGGACUGCAAACACAAUCUGGUGGUGAUGUUAAUGUGGAGGUCAACGCUACUCCUGGUGUUAAUUUGACAGAAAAAUUAAAUGAGAUGCGCCGUGAAUACGAACAGCUUAUUGAGAACAACCGGAGAGAGGUGGAAAGCUGGUACGAAGCCAAGAUGGAAGAAGUUAAUCAACAAGUCCACUCAAGUGGUCAGGAGAUACAAUCAAGCAACCAACAGAUCUCGGAGCUGAGACGUGAAUAUCAAAGCCUGGAAAUCGAGCUGCAGUCGCAGCUCAGCAUGAUAGACUCUUUGCAGUCCAACCUGGAGGACACAGAACGUCGCUACAACAUGCAGCUGCAGCAGAUCCAGAGCAUGAUCAGCCCCUUGGAGGAGGAGCUGGCCAGCAUCCGCUGCGAGAUGGAGAAUCAGAACCAGGAGUACAAGAUGCUCCUGGGCAUCAAGACCCGCCUGGAGCAGGAGAUCGCUCAGUACCGGGCGCUGCUGGAGGAGGGACAGCAAGACCUCGUAAUCCCAGGAGGAGGAUUGGGAGGAGGCAUGGGAGGUGGUAGAGGAGGAGGUGGUGGCUAUUCUUCUGGAGGAGGAAGAGGAGGAGGAGGAGGUAGCAGCAUCGGUGGUGGCUACGGAGGUGGUGGAAUGUCCUCUGGCAGUGGAAUAGGAGGAGGCAGCAGUGGUGGAGGAAUGGGAGGAGGAAGCUUCGGAGGAGGAGGAGGAAGCAGCGGUGGCUCCAGUGUUGUUGCUGGAGGAGGAGGAGGAGGAGGAGGAGGAUGCGGAGGAAGAACCUCAGGAGGUGUCAGCAGUUCCCACUCCUACUCUUCAUCUUCCCAUUCUCAGUCCUGUAGGAGCGGUGGUGGAAGCCAAGGAUAUUGAACACCUUUGAACUAAAAAUCUGAGGAUCCUGCAGCCCAAGACCUUUCAAGCAGUAACUGGCCCAAAUCCCUACGUUCCCCACGCAAUGUCCCGAGCAAAGACGGAUGUUUUACCAGCUCCUCUGUGUUGCUGAUGCCGUCCAAGCCACUCAGACGCCACCUGCCCACCUGCACACACGCCCCGCGCUGCUUCUGCCCCAAUGCUCUGUGGCUUCAGUCACUGGCGCUUGAGCUACUCGCUUUCCAGAUUCAACCUGUUGGUUACUCAGGUUGUUCUGUAUCAGGAAAAUGUCGCUAAUAAAACUUCAUUUCUGUUCAAUGCAACCACAA